AUGUUCGUUCCCCGAGCUGUAAAAAGAACCGGACCAGUUUCAAAGAUACAUAAUAAAAAACCAAAGACGAUAAUUUAUGAUUCAGAAAUUUCUAAAGAAUCGACUGCUGAAAAUUUGGACCUCGUUGUUCAAGAUAAGCAAAAGAAUGUAACUCAAACUGAAAGCAUAAAUCUCGAUGAAAAGGACGAGACAACAAGUGUAAAACAGAUAAGAGAGAUAACACAACUUACGGAUCAGCAAAUAUCGUUAGAGGUUGAACAUAUGAUAGUUGAACCUAAUACAGUUGAUCAACAAGAACUUGAUAAAUAUUCUCCGAGAAUUAUAGUGAACGGACAAGUUCCAAAUUCACAAGAUCAAGAAAUUGUAGUAAUCGAUGAACACGAGGAAGCAGUAAAAGAGUAUAGUAACCAACAACGUACAGCUGUUGCCGGGGAACCAAUUUGUGUAAUAUGCGGAAAAUAUGGCGAAUAUAUUUGUGAUGAGACGGAUCAUGAUGUUUGUAGCUUGGAAUGCAAGAAAGUGGAUAUUGAACGUGUCAAAAAUGGGGGAAAAAUUCAACGAUUCUCUUUAAAAGAGACUCAAACGAAAAUUGAAGUAGAAACACCAAUAUCAGGGUUAUUUCAUGUACAACUUACAGGCUAUACAUUACCUACAGAUAUUAGUUCUUUAACAGGAGUUCAAAUACAAAAUAUUUUGAAAAGGAAUAAAAUUAAUGUCCAAGGAAAAAAUAUUCCUCCUCCUAUACUAAGUUUUUCACAAUGUAAAUUACCGACAAGAAUGAUGGAAAAUCUACAAACAGAAGGGUAUACACAACCAACGUCAAUUCAAAUGCAAAUCGUUCCGACAGCGUUAAUCGGACGUGAUAUAUUAGCAAGUGGACAAACGGGAACAGGAAAAACCGCAAGCUUUUUAAUUCCAAUAAUUUCGCAUUGUUGGUCAUUGUCACAAUGUUAUGAAGGGAAAAAUGGACCUUAUGCAAUUAUAUUGGCGCCAACAAGAGAACUUUGUUCACAAAUUGAGAAUCUGACAAAAGGAUUAAUAAGAGGGUUAACGAAUAUGAAAACAUCACUUUUGGUUGGGGGAUUACCCAUCCCAAAUCAAGUUCAUCGAUUAAAACAAGGAACUCAAAUCGCCAUUGCAACACCAGGAAGACUUAUAGAUAUUUUAAAUCAAUCUAACGAAGAAUUAUCAAUGAACAAUAUUCAUAUGUUUGUAUUGGAUGAAGUUGACAUGAUGUUCAAAAUGGGAUUUGAAAAGCAAGUUAGAGAGAUUAUAGAUAAGUUACCUUUACCAAUUACAAGCGCACGACGACAAACUUUAAUGAUUUCAGCUACUUUCCCGAAAAUUAUUGAAAAACUCGCCAAUUCUUUACUUAAGGAUCAUAUUAGAAUCAUUGUCGGUGCUCAGCUAGACAAUAACAAAGAUCCGGAAAACUCCCGAUUGAAUUUUAUACCAUGUAUUCCUGUUAAACAAACUAUUCUUUGGAUAGAAAAUAAAUCUAAAAAGAAACAAUUAUUUUCAAUUUUAAAUGAUCCAAAGUACUAUAAUCCACCGAUAGUAAUAUUUGUAGAAUCUAAGAUGGGAGCAGAUUUAUUAUCACAAGCAAUUGAAAAGAAAUGUAAUGUGAGAAGUGUAAGUAUGCAUGGAGAUAAAUCACAGGGAGAAAGAAUGAUGAUUUUACAAUCAUUUCUUAAUGGAGACUAUGAUGUCAUAGUAUCAACAGGAGUGCUAAGUAGAGGAUUAAAUUUACCUGAUGUUGAAAUGGUAAUAAAUUUUGAUAUGGCAGUUUCUGUUGAUGAGUAUGUACAUCAGGUUGGAAGAGCUUCAGGAAGUGGAAAUUCUGGAAAUUCUUCCGGAUGGGCCAUCACAUUCAUUAAUGAGGAUCACAAGCAUCUGUUUAAGGAAUUUGUUCAGGUGCUGAAUGCACAGCCAUCUGGGAAAGUAACACCGUUACCAUCAAAGUUAUUGGUGCAUGGAUGUACAUUAUAUGGAAAUAACAGAUCAUCAUCUAAUAAAAAAUGA